AGUCGGGACUUGGGACGGUGGAAGAAGAAGAACGCGACGGAAUUCAUUGUUUUAACGUCAUGGACCAGCAGGGCUGCAUAUCAAUGCUCAAGCCACCCACACAAGGCUUGAAUGCUGAGCGGUACUUAGGUACUUCCAAAAGACAACCGACCCCAGGAGUGGGCCGUUCAACCAGUCUCAGAAUUUCCAUCCGCUAACAUUUUUCGCAAUGUAAGCAACAGAGGCUUCAAUGCAUUCGUUGAAAGCUCAAUGAAUCUGGUUGUAUUCUCUCGAGCAUGGGGCUCCGGUUCGCGCCAAGCACGACCAUCUCCAGCGCAUCACCUCGGCCACAACCUGUCACAAAUCGCGAAAACUUUGCGCAGCACAGAAAGAAGCACGAUGAACAUCACGCAACAAAAGACCGCGUGCGGCUGCGCCGCCGCCGCCGCCCGCAACACCAAGCGGACGGCGUAUGUUGCUUUCGGUAGCAACUUGGGGGAUCGCGUGUCCAUGAUCGAGCAGGCCUGCAAGGAGAUGGAUGCUCGGGGCGUCAAAGUAAAGAGGACGAGCAGUCUGUGGGAGACGGAACCCAUGUACGUCCUAGAACAAGAUAGAUUUGUCAAUGGAGCCUGCGAGGUGGAGACUGAUCUGGAGCCCCUUUCCCUCCUGGAUCAACUGCAAGAUAUUGAGAAGUCGAUGGGUCGUCGGAAGCUCAUCGACAAAGGACCUCGUAACAUUGAUCUAGAUAUUCUGCUGUAUUCAGACAGGAAGGUUGGUCAUGAGAGACUCAAAAUCCCUCAUAUCGGCAUCCCGGAACGCGAUUUUGUUCUUCGACCGCUUGCUGAACUCAUCCCAACCAAGGUCAUCUACCCCUCAAAACCAUGGAAACUGGUCCAGGACUAUCUCAACGAGCUCCCUCCAGCUUCCGAGCCGCUAUCAACCCUCACCCCGAUAUGUUCUUCAGUCGCAGCCCUGAACGCCCUGAAAGCCAACCGGAAGACCCAGGUCAUGGCUAUCCUGAACAUCACCCCUGACUCCUUCUCGGACGGUGGGAUCCACACCCCCGACUCUCUCCGCGGCACCGUCCUCUCCAUGGUCCGCGGCGGCGCGACCAUGAUCGAUGUAGGCGGGCAAUCCAGCUCCCCCGGCACCCCGGAAGUCAGCGUCGAGGAGGAGACCAACCGCGUACUUCCCGUCAUCGAGCUUAUCCGCAGCCUCCCCGAGACCCGUGGUGUAGCCAUCAGUGUCGACACGUACCGCUCCUCCGUAGCCGACGCCGCCGUCCAAGCAGGCGCCGACAUAAUCAACGACAUCUCGGCUGGCCAGCUCGACCCGGCCAUGUUGUCCACCAUGGCCCGGCUUGGCAAGACCGUCUGUCUGAUGCACAUGCGCGGCACGCCGGGCACGAUGAGCAAGUUGAACGACUAUCCCGACGGCAUCAUCCCCACUAUCGCGAAGGAACUGCUCGAGCGCGUCGCUGAGGCCGAGGCGGCUGGUAUUCGAAGGUGGCGCAUUAUUCUGGACCCUGGGCUUGGGUUCGCCAAGGUCGGGGAGCAGAAUCUGCACGUCCUGAGACAUUUCAACGAGCUGCGGACUUGGCCUGGGCUAGAGGGCUUCCCAUGGCUGUUAGGUUCUAGUCGGAAGAGUUUUAUUGGCAAGGUGACGGGGGUCCCGAAGCCAAUGGAUCGCAUUUUUGGCACGGCGUCUACUGUUGCGGCGGCUGUUCAGGGCGGGGCCGAUGUGGUCAGGGUACAUGAUGUCGUCGAGAUGGGCCAGGUCGUGAAGAUGGCUGAUGCUAUAUGGAGAUACUAGGUCCCGGCUACGUAAUGGAUAUUUACCAACCUGAUGCUCCAAGAUGAGGUCUUACGGCUGUUGCUGUUCAGGAAAUAACAGCUGGGACUACAUUGAAACUAAAACCCAGCUUGAUAAGGCCCUGUGUCAAUUUGCUGUUGGCCUGGUUUCUGUGAUCUUUGUGAGAUUGGCUCGGUAUUCGACUCGAGGUAGUUUCACGAAUAUCUUCUGGACACUGACUGUAGUGUUCAUUUCCCUCGCAGAGGCCCUAGAUGGUAUUACCGUAGCUUGAUUACCUAUACCUGCACCUAGAGAAAAC